AUGGUGCUCGCAUCAUGGCUCUUGAUGGUGGUUGUGGCUGGUGUGGGCGCUGGUGCUGGCGCUGGGAUGGCUGAGGGGGAGGCGGGGUGGUUGGCGUGUCGACCGGUGGUACUGGAUGAUGCAGACGUUGUGUUGGCGCAUACGGUGUUGGUGGCACCCGAGGCUCAGCGGGCUCGCCUGCGAGCGUGGCAUGCCAACGUGAGUUCUCCUGGCCAUCCACAAUUUGGCCAGCUUCCCGGGGGCCCCAACGGACUUGGUCGCACCGAUGAUGUCUGGGACCUGCUGCAUCCAGGCUCUGCCGUGGUGAACCAUGUUCAUUCACAGCUUCAGCGACUACAUCAACUCACUCGGACCAAUGCCACGACAGACCAACAGCUCGCCGUUGAUUGGCAUCCCUUGGGUAAUCGCUUGCGUGCCAGCUGGACUGGCCACCAACUGGCCCAACUCAAUGAGUCAUUGCUCAGCUGCCCCACCAGCGACCCCAACAAACCGAUGCGCCUGAUUUUUGCCCAGGAUCAACUCCCACCACACGUGCGCGGCCUUGAUCCUUCCCAAACACCCACCUACACCCACCUCCUGGUCCUCCACGCCGAUGGGCACCAGUCCCCGCCUCUAUCCCCGUCCGCCCCCAACACAGCCACCACUCAACGAGCCAGGCCCGCGCGUCCGCAGCGCCAACGCGCUCGGCCCCAGCAGCGUCGGGACGUCGAUGAUGGAAGCGAUUACCCCUUGCCUGUCUGGCCACCGGGACCCCAGCUAAUCAUGCUCAACAUGGACCCGACCUCGGCAACCUUUGGCUUCGUUCUCAACGAGGUGCAGCCCAACACUACUUUUAUCCCUGAACCCGUCUUUGAUUUGCCGGGCUUCAACACCGAACCAGAUUGGAUCGCGCCGGCCAACGUCCUCAGUGCCCAGGUUCGGGUACAAUGCCGCCAUGCGCAACCCUUUGUGCUGCAAGAGAGUAACAUCCAGAGCCACAAAGGCACAGUCCAGCGCGUCCGUUUUACAAACGUGACCGUUACGGGCGGCGUUUACCUGCAACGAGCAAACAUUUCCUUUGUUGAAAGCGCUUUGCUGUGCUGGCGCAACCCGCUUUGCCUUGGCUUCAACCUCACGACCUGCGCUGAUUCAGAAGCCCGCACCAACUGCGUGGCGACGUUUGUGGACGACAGCGGUACCACAGACUACCCGAUCAGCAACGGCAAGGUCACCUACCUCAGCAACACCACCGCAGCCAUGGUCAUCUUCACCAUGCCCGCUGACACCCUCCAAGCCCACCAAGUUGAUCCCGAGGCCCCCUGUGCCAUGCAGCUCGAACUCACGACCGACCACAGUGACGAAAUGCGCAUGCUGGUCCAAAACAUGUCGGGCCCUUUCUUCUCGGCUACCGGCGUGGGAGCUCGCCUGGAGCCCGUCGAACAGGUCUUCUUCGGGGGCCUCGAUGCCGCCGCCUUGCGCGAGGCUUUUGAGGUUGACAGCCAGGCCGCCGCGUGCCACCGCCGCAAUCGCGGAGGCGUUGCCGUGCUCUCUGCCUCUGAAAUGUACAGCUACGACGGCCUCUACCGCUACCUGGCCGCCAAUAACCUCCCGCUCAACGCCGUGCUGCGCACUCGCGACGUCACGCAGACCGAUCUCAACCCCAGCUUCUCCUACCCAUAUGUCUUGGGUCUGCACAACGCCGCACCCAACGAUUAUCGAACGGCGGGUGACGAAACCAUGCUCGACUUGGCCAUGAUGGCCGCCUUUGCGCCAGGUGCCUAUCUGGACCAGAUUGUGACGGGCAUGGUCGAUAUCAACACCACAGUGGACCCCCUGCUUACAACGGCCGAGGUCUUUCUGGCUACCCUGGCCAUGCAAGAGGACCUGCGUCCCACCGUCCUGUCAGCCUCCUACACGCUGACACUGGGUGACAAUGCCGUCGUGCGCCAUUACCUUGACAGUGUCGCUCAGGCCCUCGCCCUUGUGGGUGUCUCUGUCGUCCUCAGCUCGGGGGACGAUGGCGUUUAUAUGGAUGGCGAUGCCUCUUCUCCGAACGACUAUUGUGGCCAGCCCUCCGUCUCACCUCUCACAGCCUAUGGCCUUGUCGUGGGUGGCGUGCAAUACCUGCCAGAGUCGGGGGAUGCUGUCGCGUGCUCCCUCGAAACUGGCUCGUCCAUCACCUCCUCCGGCGGCUUUGACCAAUUUGCGACCCGACCUGCUUAUCAGGAUGACCCCGUCUCGACCUAUCUUGAAAAGGUCGCUCCGGUGGACCAUAUGCAAGCAAGCCUGGCUGGCAACCGCGCUUUCCCUGAUGUUGCAGGCCCUGCGCACAACAUUGAGGUUUACGGCCGUGAACACCGCACCCUCAUGGCCGGCACGUCGGCCUCAGCGCCCAUGCUUGCGGGAUUGCUUGUUCUCGUCAAUGACGUGCUGCUGCAACAAGACUUGCCCCCGCUGGGGGACGUCACCGCCUCGAUAUAUGCGGUUGCGCGCGCUCACCCCGAGGUCUUCCAGGAUGUGACACGGGGGUCCAACCGCUGCGGUAGCAGCGUGUGCUGCGAACAUGGCUAUCCAGCCAAGCCUGGUUGGGAUGCUGUCACGGGCUUGGGGAUGCCCCGCCUUCCGCUCCUGGCACGCUACCUUGUCGAGCAGCGCAAUGGAACGUUUGAUGCGAAUACAAUGGCCGCAUGCUCGAGCUGUGCGGCCAGCGCUUGUGGCAACGCCGUUGACGCGUGGUGUGUGGAUUUGGAUGGGUCCGAUUUUUCGACCGCCACUUGCAUGUCGACCACGGGUGCUGGACUGUGCGCGUCCUUGCUUCCGAGCACUACUGCAAGCGACGUCAACAAGAGCGCUGCGCUCUGCACCCUCGAUCAGGCAAUCCAACUAGCAGCCCGCAACCGAACGUGCGCGUCGUGCGCGCCGGGCUACGUGGACGCGUGCUGCCUCCCUUGUCCUGGACCAGUGGAUAACGUUUGCUUUGGUCGUGGCACCUGCGCGGUUGGUCAAUGUCAUUGCGACGCGGGCUAUACAGGGCAUGCCUGCGAAGAUGCCAGCCCGUCCACCUCCUCUUCUUCCACGACCCCAAUGAGCUCGGCCACGACUACGAUGACCUCCUCCUCCACCUCCACGACGAGCACCAGUAGCACCUCUUCCACCCAGAAGAGCGAAACGCAUCACUCCAAACACAUUGGAUCCCGCUCAAAGGGCAUUGUUUUGGGCGUUUUAUUCGGGGGGGUCGCGUUGGGGGCGCUGGUGAGCUGGUUGGUGACAUCGCGACGCAAGACGAAGCAAAUCUCCCGAGCCGGUGCACUUUAUGAUGUCCUUUUGAGUGAGGACUUGGAACAAGACGAUGCGGACACUGGGGCUUAUGUCCCACCCCAAGAUCCGAACCUGGACUUUUCAGAGUAGAAGUCAAAGGAGUCAGUGUUACACGCACAUUUUUGACACGAAAAAGCGCACAUGCUGC